AUGUCUCGUAAAAGUGAUCACAAAGUAUGUGCUUGGUUGGAUGAAUUUGAAGAAGACCUAGAAUUAGAGGAUAGUGAUGACUCUGACGCUGAUCCCAAUUUUGUACCAGGUAAUGCAUUUGACUUGCGUAAUAAUAAUAGUGAAAAUGAAAGUGAAAAUGAUGAUGAUUUUGGUGAUACCUAUAAUAAUACUAGUUUUUCUUCUGAAAAUGAGUUUUACUUGAGUAAAGACGAAAAAACAAAAUGGUAUAAAAACUCUAUUCCCAAUAAAACUAAACAACGUGCUCAUAACAUUAUAACUCAGCGCCCUGGUGUCAAUGCCGUCGCUAAAAAUGCUACAACUAUUUUAGAUUGCUGGAAACUAUUUUUCCCUGACCCUGUGGUCAUUGAAAUGGUAAUAUGUACAAAUAAAUAUUUGCUAAAAUUACGUGCGAAAUAUCAACGACCAACUAUUAUACCAGAUACUGAUAAAGAAGAAAUUGAUGCGCUUCUUGGACUACUAUACUUAGCAGGAUAUCUACGCAGUAGUCAUGUAAAUCUAAAGGAUUUAUGGUGUGAUGAAGGGUUUCGACCGGAAUAUUUCCGAUCAACCAUGUCUGAACAGCGAUUUUACAUUCUACUACGGGCACUCCGAUUUGAUGACAUUGAAACAAGAAAUUAUAGAAGGACUACAGACAAAUUAGCACCAAUACGUACUGUUUUUGACGGAUUUGUAAAACGUUGUCUUGAAUGUUAUACCGUCGGUGAAAAUUGCACCAUCGAUGAGAUGUUGGAAGGUUUUAGAGGUCGAUGUAGUUUUAGGCAAUAUAUACCGAGCAAACCGAUUAAAUAUGGGAUAAAGAUUCAAGCAUUGGUCGACUCUAAAACAUAUUACACGUCAAAUAUGGAAGUAUACGUUGGCACCCAACCAGAUGGACCGUUCAAAUGUGAUAAUAGUCCCUCCAGCAUCGUAAAAAGGUUAAUUUUUCCAAUAUCAAAAACGGGACGAAACAUAACUAUGGACAAUUGGUAUACCUCCAUACCAUUGGCCCUUGACUUACUGGAAAAUCAUAAAUUGACUAUUGUGGGAACCAUCAGGAAAAAUAAACGGGAAAUUCCGAAAUACUUUCUAGAUACAAAGAAAAGAGAGGUAAAUUCAACUAUAUUCGGCUAUGGGAAAAAUAUUAUUUUAUUAUCCUACGUUCCACGUAAAAACAAAAAUGUUAUGCUAAUAUCUACAAUGCACAAAACAGGUUUGAUUGAUGACAGUUCAGAUGCCAAAAAACCCGAAGUGAUUUUAUACUAUAAUUCAACAAAACAGGUGUUGAUGUUGUGGAUGAAAAAAAAGAAGAGUACUCUGUCGCAAGAGUAA